AUGAAGCAUCGAUGCAGUCUCUUAUAUAUUAAUGCAAAACGUAGUGGUGCGUCAAAUCGAGUCAAAAACGUGACUACAGUGGAAUCUUCAAUCUCGCCCAUAAAAUCGAGAAAUAAAAAUGUAACUAUAAAUGCGGUCACCCUUUUUAAAAAUAUUAUAUAUUUAUCCCUUUUAUUGUGCAUAUUCCAGGGAUCCCUUAAUUAUAGAGACGUUAAUAAAUUCUCUACCAAAUGUACAAAAGCAUUUAAUGGGAAAGGAACAGGCAUCACAUUUAAGAGAAAUCUGGCGGAAGAAUCCUACGACAAUGUACCUGGAGUUCCAGAGGAAAAUGCAUUAGAACCAGAAGAUGCAACAACACAGACCUUGGAAUUUUAUAAUUCUGAUUACCCCCUUGAAGAAGAUGAACUUGAUGACAUUGCAAAUCUAGAUCUACUUAUUGAAAGUUGUGAAAGAGAAUAUGAUGAUAUUCUUCUGGACAUUACAAAUCGAUAUGUUGAAUUUACAGAUGAUAUGAACCAUUACUGGUGUGAUCAAAUGUGGAAAAAGAGAUGGUGUAAAUACGCAGAUAGUGUGCACACUGAAAUGAUGAGUAACCUUAAUAACCCAAACCUUACUUUAGAUGAAAAAAAGGAGAGUUUCAAAAUUUUGAUGGGAUGGUGUGAGGAUGAUUUUAAGUACUUCUUGAAAUUGAUUAAGCAAGAAUGGGAUUUGAGGGAUGACCCAGAGCAUUACUUAGAAAGAUAA